GAGAGAUCUCCGUGAUGAGCACGAUCCUCUGUUUUUCCAAUUUUAUCGAAGUCGAUCGUCUCCCUUUCCAAUUUUAUCGGUUCUCUGCGAAGAGACAAUGGCCGUCUCUUUUUAUUAUUCUUCCUGUAAGUGCUUGUCCUCGGUCUCGAUUUCCUCCGUCCGUUCUCGGCUCCAAGGUUUCCGACGGAGUCCGAAUUUUGAUUUGUCCCAAAAUCUGUUCUGGGGAGGUUGAAUCGGUAGGCAUAGGUCGACGGAAAGAUGGGAUCGGCGACGGCGAUCGACUUGAGCCGUACGAAAGUGGCUAAAACUGGUAGUAAGAGGGUGUCUGAGGCUGCUUCGGUGGAGGUGGUUCUCCCCCGGAAGACGCCUUGCCGGGCGGCAGUGAUCGCGUCGCGGCCAAACCUCAAGGAGAAAUCGAUCCGGUUGCCGGAGAAGCAGGACCUUAUCGUCUCAAAGACAGAUCAGGUGGUUGAGGAUGAGGUUGCUGCCGUGAGCUUGACGGUUGAUGGCCCUGAGGAUGAUUCCGGCGUCCCCCAGAGGGGGCUAUUUGAUUUCAUCAUCCAUGACGAGGAUGGAGUUGCUCAGCCAUUGGAGAUGCUCGAAGUGCAGGAUCUCUUCGUCUCUGGGCUCAUCCUCCCACGAGGCAAGGGGUCCCCGGAUCGUUCUUUGGGCGUUAUGUGCGAGGGUUUUGGGCGGAUCGAGAUGUGGUCGAUCUCUGGCUUUGAGACAGGAUCGCCAACUGUCUGGGUCGGCACCGAGGUUGCUGAAUACUCAUGCCUGAAGCCGGCACCGUCUUACAGGAGGCACUUCGACUUGUUCUUUGACAAGGCCUUGCUGUGCGUUGAAGUGUUCAAGAAGCUCUCCAAGUCAUUUGGAGGAGACCCAAGAGUAGGGUUGGAGGAAUUGAUUGCCGGGACCAUUCGGUCGUUGACCGUGAAUGAUAAUUUCUCUGGUGGGAACCCAACAAAGGAGUUCAUCGUUUCCCAGGGAGAGUUUGUGUUCAAUCAAUUAGUAGGAUUCGACGAAGAGGAGUCCAUGAUGAUGGCAACUAUCCAAAAUGGCCGUUUCUCUGAGAUGCCUGCAUUGAUUGCAUUGCGAGACGAUUGCAGACAACUUCGAUUUUCGUCAUUUAGACCUCCCGGGAGCAUAAAGAUCUGUGAAAACUCUACUGGUGGUUCAGUUGAUGGGGAGAUGCACAAGAGUGAGAAAAUGGCCAGGUUACUGCAUGAAGAGGAGCUUUGGAAGGCGAUGAAGCAGCAAAAAGUGAAAUCCCGAGGUAGUUCUAGGAAGACUCAGUACUAUAUAAAGAUUAAUGAAUCUGAGAUAGCUGCGUAUUAUCCAUUGCCAGCAUUUUAUAAACCGUCUGCUCAUGAGACUAAUGAGUAUCUGUUCUUAGAGGAUGACGUUUACAUGCUCACUCCUGAUAUGCUCCCUCGGCGGACUUUGCAUGAUUGGGCUCUCUACAGUUCAGACUCAAGAUUGGUUCCACUGGAGGCUGUGCCCAUGCAGCAUGGAAUUGAAUCUGAUGUGCUCAUUUUCGGCUCUGGUUACAUGCUAGAUGAUGAUGGAAAUGGGUUCUGUGACUACGCAGAAAAUGGCGCUGGAGGAUCAGAUGCAGAUGGCGUGAAGGGGAUUCCCGUUUAUCUCAGUGCUGUCAAGGAAUGGGUGAUUGAAUUUGGUGGGUCAAUGUUAUUUGUAUCAAUCAGGACGGACGGUGCAUGGUAUCGACUAGGCAAGCCUUCAAAGCAGUACUCUCCAUGGUUCCAACCUGUUGUCAAGAUUGCGAAGGUUGCCAUCUCCAUUAUCAAAAUGCUAAAGAAUGAAAGCCGGGUGUCCCGCCUUUCUUUUUCUGAUGUUGUUAAGAAAGUUGCUGACUUGGACAAGUCUGAUCCUACUUUUGUUUCAAGCAGUCCAGCGGCGGUCGAGAGAUAUUUGGUCGUGCAUGGGCAAGUAAUCCUUCAACAAUUUGCUGAAUUCCCCGACGAGACGAUUAGAAAAAGUGCAUUCAUCAAUGGCCUCUUGACAAAAAUGGAGCAAAUGCGCCACACCAAGCUGGUGAUGAAGAAAGUGACAUUGAGAAAGGAAGCUAAUCAGAAUCCUGUAGCAAGGAAAACAACGCGGGCAACGAUGACAAAGUUGAUCAAUCGUAUUUGGGGUGAAUAUUAUUCAAAUUACUUGCCUGAGGAGGACGCCCAGGAAGGGACUCCAACGGAUGAAGAAAAGCCAGGAGAAGAGGAAGAGAUGGAAGACAAUGAGGAUGAUGAGGAUGAAGAGGAGAUAACUGAUGUAGUGCCAAAAGCAUGUGAGAAGCCUUCUCCUUCAAUAAAGUCAUCAAAGACCAAGCCCACAGCUAGUCAGGCCAAGUGGAAGGGAGCCUCACUUGGAAAGCUAAAGUCUGGUGAAUCACUGUAUCGUGAGGCAAACGUUCGUGGGACUGCCAUUGCUGCUGGUGGUGCCCUGCUGGCAGAAACUGAUGAUAGGUUGCUUAUACUGUUCGUUGAGUACAUGUUUGAGAAAUCCAAUGGCUUGAAGGUGAUACAUGGCAGGGUCCUGCAGAGAGGCUCUGAGACUGUACUUGGUAAUGCAGCAAAUUCAAGAGAGCUGUUCCUGACAAAUGAAUGUGUCGACAUAGAACUCGAAGGUGCGAAGGAGACAUUAGUGGUUGAACUUCGACAAAGGCCAUGGGGGCAUGAACACCGAAAGAAGAAUGCUGACGCAGAUAGACUUGAUAGGUUGAGGGCAGAAGAGCGAGAAAAGAAGGGCUUGCCUAGCGAAUAUUACUGCAGGAGCCUUUAUGCACCAGACAGAGGUGCUUUCUUUUGUGUGCCUUAUGAUACAUUGGGAUUAGGGAAUGGUUCUUGCUAUGCUUGCAGUGUCAGAGAGGCUUGUGCUGAACAUUUCAGUGUACUUCCUGGAAAGUCGGGUUUUGUUCACAAGGGAGUGCAAUAUUCAGUCAACGACUUUCUCUACGUAAAUCCACAGGAAUUUUCAGCAGAGUCAGGGGUGCACAGCGAGAAGUUUAAGGCAGGUAGGAACGUUGGUCUAAGGGCAUAUGUGGUGUGCCAAUUCUUGGAGAUAGAAGUUUCCAGCGGGUCCAAGCAUGCCGAUUCAAAGUCCACAAAGAUCAAAGUUCGAAGAUUUUUCAGGCCAGAAGAUGUUGGGCAGGAGAAGGCGUAUGUUUCAGAUAUCAGAGAAGUUUACUACAGCAAUGAGACACGAACCAUCGCUGCAGAGAGCGUUGAGGGGAAAUGCAAGGUCAGAAAGCAGCACAGUCCCCCUGAUACGAAUACGCUUGCUAUCUUUGACCAUGUUUUCUUUUGCCACUGUAUCUAUGAUCCUGCCAACGGCUCUCUCAAGGAGUUGCCUGUCUCUCUGCGAUUUGAGCCCUCUAAGCGCAAGGCAAAAGACAAAGGAAAAAGCAUUCAAGGAGAAGAAAGACAGACAAAUGGCGAAGAUGCAGAGGGAAAUAUUGAAACAUCAGAAAGGUUGGCUACACUUGAUAUUUUUGCUGGAUGUGGCGGUUUGUCUGAGGGGUUGCAGCAGUCAGGGGUUUCAAUGACUAAAUGGGCUAUUGAACAUGACGCUGCUGCUGCUGAAGCAUUCAAACUUAACCACAGAGAAGCACAAGUGUUUAAUGAAGACUGCAAUGUGAUUUUGAGGGAAAUAAUGGAAAGAUGUGGUGAUAAAGAUGACUGCGUUUCUCCUCCUGAGGCAGCUGACCUUCCUUCCAACCUGAGUGAGGACCAGAAAAAAAAUCUGCCUCUCCCUGGUCAAGUGGAUUUCAUUAAUGGUGGACCUCCUUGUCAGGGAUUCUCGGGAAUGAAUCGACACAAUCAAAGCACCUGGAGCAAGGUCCAAUGUGAAAUGAUCUUGGCAUUCCUCUCCUUUGCUGAUUACUUCCGGCCAAGGUUCUUUUUGCUGGAGAAUGUAAGAAACUUUGUUUCCUUCAACAAGGGGCAGACUUUCAGAUUAACAGUGGCCUCGCUUUUGGAAAUGGGUUAUCAGGUAAGAUUUGGUAUCCUGGAGGCUGGUACAUAUGGUGUUGCUCAGUCUCGUAAACGUGCAUUCAUUUGGGCGGCUUCUCCAAAAGAGACAUUACCAGAAUGGCCUGAGCCUAUGCAUGUGUUUUCGAGUGUUCAAUUGAAAAUAAAACUUGGUGAAGGCUCAUAUUAUGCUGCUGUGAAAAGUACAGCAGGUGGGGCACCUUUCAGAUCGAUAACCGUAAAGGAUUCAAUUGGAGAUCUACCUCCUGUUUCAAAUGGAGCAUGCAAUCAGAAUAUUAUGUAUGGAAAUACAGCUUCAUGGUUCCAGAAACAAGUACGUUGUGAAAUGACUACUCUUGUUGAUCACAUAUCAAAGAAGAUGAAGGAAAUAAACUUGAUCCGAUGCCAAAGGAUUCCAAAGCGACCUGGUGCUGACUGGCAUGAUUUGCCUGAUGAAAAGAUAAAAUUGUCUUCGGGGCAAUUUGCUUAUCUUAUCCCGGUCGGUCUUCCUAAUUCAGCUGAAAGACAUAACCAGUGGAAGGGACUUUUUGGAAGGUUAGAUUGGGAAGGCAACUUCCCAACUUCCAUUACUGAUCCCCAACCUAUGGGAAAAGUUGGCAUGUGUUUCCACCCAGAACAAGAUAGAAUACUCACUGUUCGUGAAUGUGCCAGGUCACAGGGUUUUUCGGAUAAGUAUGUUUUCCAGGGAACCAUAAAAAACAAGUAUAGGCAGAUUGGAAAUGCAGUACCACCUCCACUGGCAUACGCACUUGGUUGGAAGCUCAAGGAAGUGGUGGAUACAAAGCACUAAGAUCCAAGUGCCUAGAUGUAAGCCUUUCACAAAAGUAGAUGUAAUUUGACAAUUUGCCUUGUCAAUUCUUCUACUUAUUUUCUAACUCAUUUGCGCAUACCAAGCUCUUCUUGUCCUUCAUUAUCUAUGAUUGAUAAUUUGAUGUCAUGUUACAAGCUGGAAAACCUUUUUUGUACAGGUAACAUGUUGUGCAAGGACUCAUAUAUU